CCGCUAUAUCUCACUCUCGGAAAAAAUCAUCAGAAGCAAUAAAUCUUCAAUUGUUAAACCCUAAACCUACGAAAGUCUUGACUUUGUUUGCUGCUCAUAUUCGUUCUCGAUUAAUUUCGUCCCGAGCAAGUUAGGUCCCGUUUCAAAACAAUGAUAACUGCAGUGUCAUGGAUACCAAAAGGGAAUCUAAAAGCUGUUCCUGAUGUUGCUGAGCCUCCUUCAAAGGAAGAACUUAAAGAGCUCAUUGAGAGUGGUGCUUUUGCCAGAAGCGUGGAUGAUAGUAAUGACGAUGAAGAAGAGAUUGAAGAAGAUGGAGAAGAGAUAAGUGAAGUUGAUCAUGCCAAGGCUGUAGCUGAAGCUUUUGGUAAAUCUUCUAAAAGCAAGAGUGCUUCUUCUUCAAUGGAGGUUGAUGAGGUAGCUCAAGGAUUGAAAGAACUUGACAUGGAUAAUUAUGAUGAAGAGGAUGACGGAAUUGAACUUUUCAGUUCUGGAAUGGGGGAUCUUUAUUAUCCAAGUAAUGAGAUGGAUCCAUAUCUAAAGGAUGUUGAUGACGAGGAUGAUGAAGAGGAUAUUGAUGAUACGACAGUCAAGCCAACUGAUUCAGUGAUUAUCUGCGCUAGGAAUGAAGAUGAUGUCAGCCAUCUAGAGGUUUACGUAUACGAGGAAUCGUCUGGCUCUCCAAACAUGUAUGUUCAUCAUCACAUAAUUAUACCGGAAUUCCCAUUGUGUACUGCAUGGAUUGAUUGUCCUCUUAAAGGAGGGGAAAAAGGGAAUUUUGUAGCUAUUGGUUCAAAGGAAUCACCGACAAUCGAGAUAUGGGAUCUUGACGUUAGGGACGAGGUGCUACCUUGUAUACAACUAGGAGGAACAGAGGAGAUGAUAGUAAGUAAGAAAAAGAAGAAUAAGAAAGAUAAGAGUAAGAAACAGAAGAUUAAGAAACCGACGUACAAAGAAGGUAGCCAUACUGAUUCAGUACUUGGUCUUGCUUGGAACAAGGAGUUUCGGAACAUACUUGCUAGUGCUAGUGCCGACAAAAAAGUUAAGGUCUGGGAUGUGGCUACUGGAACGUGUAAGAUUACUAUGGAGCAUCACACAAAGGAGGUUCAAGCAGUUGCUUGGAACCAUUAUGCUCCAGAAGUGCUUCUCAGUGGGUCGUUUGAUCAAACUGUUGUCUUGAAAGACGGAAGACAACCUUCACACUCGGGUUUCAAAUGGUCUGUCAUGUCUGAUGUCGAAAGCUUAGCCUGGGAUCCUCAUAGUGAACACUCCUUUGUGGUAAGUCUUGAAGAUGGAACCGUGAAAGGUUUUGAUAUACGUGCUGCACAGUCAGGUUCAGAUUCUGAUUUAAAACCAAGUUUCACUAUCCAAGCACAUGACCAAGACAAAGGAGUCUCCUCCAUCUCAUACAACAUUUCUUCACCCAAUCUUUUGGCUACGGGGUCUAUGGAUAAAACGGUAAAACUUUGGGAUCUUUCAAACAAUGAACCUUCAUGCCUUGCUACACACAAACCAAAAGCUGGAGCUGUGUUUUCCAUUUCCUUUGCGGUGGACAACCCUUUCUUGCUUGCUAUCGGUGGCUCAAAGGGAGAGCUACAUGUUUGGGAUACACUGUUGGACGCUAAUGUUGCUCGCAAAUAUGGGAGCAAUCGAUCUUGAAAAGACCCCCCGCAAGGAACACUUGUCUCUUUGAAGCUGUGAUGGUCGUUAGAUUUGAUCACACUCAUGCCAAAUUUUGCAGUUUCUUUUCUUCUUUUCUUCAGGCUUGUUUUAUCUCAUAUGAUUAUGGUUAAUCGUGCAAGGGUGUGAGCUUUAUAUGUUGAAUUCCUAAAACUGGCAGAGCCUUCUUCAAUUUAUCAAGAAUCUCCAAAGUUUAUAUAUAAUUCGAUUUCAAGCUUUCUAAUA